GGGGGCUGCAUAAUGGCAAAAACGGUUUGCCUGAGAAAUCCACAUGAAUGGCAUCCUUAUGUUCAUCAAUAUGGGUAUUAUGAUCCAGUAACAGUUGGUAGUAUUGACGGUACAGACACGACUCCACAUGAUCGAGCAAUUCAGCGCGCCUUAACGUCGUCUUAUAGGAGUAAAGAACACGUUUUUAACUGGGAUCCAAAGGCUACAAUAUUUAUAGGGAGGCUACCUUAUCAUACAUCAAAAAUUUGUUUACAAAAAGCACUGCAUGAACUGUUGAAUGAACACUUAGGAAAUGAUUUAAAUAGUAAAUCUAGAAAAUACUGCCGUAGUCGUUCCCCAUUUUCCUGCGACGAAAUUUGGCCGAAAAUUCAUAUUGUUCACAACAUUGUUACUGGCUAUCCAUGUGGCUAUGCAUUUGCAUAUUUUUCAUCAGAAUCAGAUGCUGAACGUGUACUGCAUGCUUGGCGUAAUCAAACUACUGUUUCAAAGAAAUUAUACAGUGGACUAAAAGAUGAACGACACUGUGGUUUAGAUAUACCUAAUGGUGAUAAGGUGAUUUUAGAACCGUAUUUUGGUGGUACACUGCCUGGUUGGAAACCACGUCGUCUUGGAGGCGGAUUAGGUGGUCGUAAAGAAGCUGGACAGUUACGAUUUGGCGGAAUCGCUCGUCCUUUCAGACGUCCGUUUACUGCAAAUAGUUCAUCUUUGAGAGAAAAGAAAACAAAGUUUUUCAGAGAUUAAGUUUUAUUUACUUAGAAAAUUACAAUCGAUUUACACAUAUGGUCAUCGAAAUAUUGAUAUGAAUAUCUCAAUGUUUUCAUUUGUAUUUCUUGGUUGUUAUUUUUUCUCUAAUAUUUUUCUUACAUGGUUUUCGAAUUCCAGGGAAUAUGUAACUGAUAUUAUAUACAAGGGUCUUAUUGAUAACAGAGUAAAUGACUUUCGAAUUUGAUUUUCUCCAAACUCUUAUUACACAAACAUAUUCAUUUUUCUGUUAAUAUUCCGUAUAUAGAUAUAUUAUUUUAAAAAGAAAUUUAUUCUAUUA